UGAAACAAAGACGUUAAAACGAGUAGAGUAGGCUUUCAUUUUAGCUUACACAUUAGUUAGUUUUAAUAGUUUAUUUAUUAUUUAUUUUUGGAAAUUAAUUUUGGAAUAUUAUAAUAAUAGGGCGAUAUGUCUGUUUAUGCUAAAUUCAAAAUUGAUUCAGUAUUAGCGUUUGCAAAAUCGCGUUUUCAACGUUUUAGUACAAGAAAAUCGAAUGAUGGCAGAUCAAAAGAGGAAGGUACUAGGACAGUGCACGAUCCAAAUCAGAAGAUAAACAUUGAUCCUUACAAGUUGUUCAAAGAUAAAGUGAAUCAACAGUAUUUUGUUAAUGAUGUAGAUGCGCAUUACAUGGAAUGUCUCUUCUCAAAAUGGGUUCAAAGUCCGACUUCCGUACAUAAGUCGUGGCAACAGUACUUUACUGAUGUUCUGCAAAGUAAAAAUGUGGGAAAUAUAGAGAUUCUGCCGACUAGGCAAAAAUCAACUGAAAAACCUAAUGAUGGCUCUAGCAAGAAAAAAUACCGUUCUCGCAAAACUGAAGAUGAGGAGGAGGAAUCAGAUGACUAUAGUGAAAAGAAAAGAAAGCAGCUUAAAACAAUUCGAAGAAAGCCGCAAGAUAACGAAAGAAGGGAAUUUGAUGAUUAUGGUGAAAUGAUGACGCCGUUUUCCAAGCCGCAGGGAGGAUUCAUGUUCCCAAACACAGUCGAUAGAAUGAAAACCGUUAGACAUAACAAGGAAUCAGAUGAUUAUACCGAAGUGAUGACACCGUUUGCCAAACUAAAGGGAAGAGCCAUGCAGCCAAAAGAAGUAAAUCGAAUGAAUAAAGUUAGGCAUAGCGGGGAAUCAGAUGAUUACAGUGAUAUGAUGACGCCGUUUUCCAAGCUAAAGGGAAGAGCCAUGCCGCCAAAACCUGAGAGUCGAAUGAAAAAAAAUAGCCAUUGCAAGGAAUCGAAGGGUGAUGAAGAAAUAAUGAAGCCGUCUUUGGACCCAAGCAGACGAGUCAUGAAACCAAAACCAGCUGAGAAGAUAAACCAGAAACCUAGAGAAAAGCAAGACAAACAUCCAAAGACCACACAAGAGCCACGAUAUGAAAACCUAUUCGAUUCCAUGGCCACAGGCAAGCAGCCUCACAAUGAAAACUAUGUGGUUGGGCAUAUAAUCCUGAGUCCCUCCAUGGAGGAUAUCGCUGGGAACAGCCAUUCGAAACAGGAAACGGAACAGAAACCACUUCACAGCGAUAACACAUCAAAGACCACUAUGAACAAGCAGCAGGUGACUAGCUCCAAGGUAGAGACGGCCAAAACGGUGACGCCGAACAAAAAGAGAAUAGAUUUCAGGAAAUCAUUGGAGCAGAUCAAACAGCAGAAGGCCGUACGACGUGUUAGGGCAGCUUUAAAACACAGACCCUUCCGAGCGAAACGUGAAUUCAUUAAAUCGCAGAUGGAGCGCAUUGCUAGAAUGAAGAAAAGUAAUCAACCCAAAGGCGACAUGAAGCCCAAGUGCCGAAAGUAGAAAGAACAUGGAAGUACAUUCGAUGCUUUACCAGUUUACAAUAUCCAAAUUCAGAUAGAUAUAUAGUUAUGUAUAUACAUUUGGAAAGUUUGACAAACAUGGAAAUCAUUAAAAUGUACAUCCUGUAAAACAGAGUAGCAGAAAAUAAAACAUAAAAUUAUAUUGAUAUAUAUAUUUAUAUAUAUUUAAAAAUAUAUAAAUAUAUAUAUUAUGUAAACACAGAACUAGUUGCUUCAAAAUUCAUGUAAUAGUCAAAAUUGCAGCUCAGGCUAUAAAUUAGUUUUUGGCAGAUAUUGGCGAUGUAUCUGAAGCCUGGCCGCUUGGGACCCGCAAUAGUAAUGAAGAGUUUAACAACCAUCGAUAUUACCCGACGAUCGCUGCAAAUUACCAAAGCUCUCAGCGCUAGAAAGGAUAGAUCGUCCAAUCUUAAAGUGGACAGCUUUGCCAACGGCAGCAAUGCCAGCUAUAUUGAGCGACUGUAUCGCAAAUGGGCCAAGGAUCCAAAUUCAGUGGAUGAGAGCUGGCACAAUUAUUUCACGGGCAAGCGACGCACGAUUAAGCAGGAUAGACAGCUGAAGACCAAGCACCGGAAAUGGGAGCCCGCAGCAGCUGGAACGGGAGGCUCGACUGCAACGCCUGCUCCGGCAGCCGACUGGAAGUACAUCGAUGAUCACCUGGUGGUGCAGGCCAUCAUCCGGGCGUAUCAAACACGUGGCCACCUAGCUGCUGAUCUCGAUCCAUUGGGCAUUGUCGGACCCACGGGCCAUACACCAUCCACCGAAGACAGGAAGCUGCAGGCAACCAAGGCGGUGCUGCGACAGCACUACGCUUAUGCAUUCAACGACUUAAAUGCCCUUUUUAAGCUGCCAACGACUACGUUAAUUGGUGGCGACGAACAGUUCCUCCCGCUUAGAGAAAUUUUAGAUCGUUUGGAGCGUGCGUAUUGUGGCCAUAUCGGCGUGGAAUAUAUGAUGAUAACAUCAAUUCUGAAAAGCACCUGGAUACGCCAGCACUUUGAGGUGCCUGGCGCUAUCAAUUUCAGUGCGGAGGAGAAGAAACUUAUACUUGAGCGACUGACACGUUCGUCGGGCUUUGAGAAUUUUUUGGCCAAGAAAUACUCGUCGGAGAAACGCUUUGGGCUCGAGGGCUGCGACAUAAUGAUACCCAUCAUGAAGGAGAUCAUCGAUCAAUCGAGCAAAUUGGGCGUCGAGUCGGUGCACAUUGGCAUGGCGCAUCGUGGUCGUCUGAAUGUGCUGGCCAAUGUUUGUCGCAAGCCAUUGGAAGAGAUACUGUCGCAGUUCAAUAGCAUUAAGGCCACAGACGCGGGCUCCGGUGAUGUCAAAUAUCAUUUGGGAUUAUUCACAAAGCGUUACAAUCGGCAAUCGAAGAAGAAUGUGCGCAUCACAGUUGUGGCCAACCCAUCCCAUCUAGAGUUCGUCAAUCCUGUUGUGCUCGGCAAGGCACGGGCAGAGAUGUUCAUGCGCGGCGACUAUCAGGGCAACAAAGUGCUGCCCGUGUUGAUACAUGGAGACGCCUCGUUCUGUGGCCAAGGUGUUGUCUACGAGUCCAUCCACCUGACGGAUCUGCCUGCAUAUACCACCUAUGGCACGAUUCAUGUGGUCGCCAACAAUCAGGUGGGCUUCACCACAGAUCCACGAUUCUCACGCUCCUCCCGCUACUGCACAGAUGUGGCGCGAGUCGUGAACGCGCCCAUCUUCCAUGUGAACGCCGACGAUCCGGAGGCGUGUGUGCAUUGUGCCCGCGUUGCAGCCAAAUGGCGUGCGAAAUACCACAGGGAUGUUGUCAUCGAUAUCGUUGGCUAUCGCCGCAAUGGCCACAACGAAGCGGACGAGCCGGCCUUCACCCAGCCGCUGAUGUACCAGCGCAUACGCAAGCUGAAACCCUGCACAGUUAAGUAUGCCGAGAAACUGGUCCACGACGGGGUCAUCAAAAUGGAGGAGUAUACGGAGAUGACCGCGAAAUACGAGAAGAUAUGCAACGAAGCCUUUGAAAAGUCGCAGAAAAUCAAAACAUUUAAGAACUCCCACUGGAUCGAUUCGCCCUGGUCGGGCUACUUCCAAGGUCGUAAUCGCCUCAAGCUGUGUCCAACUGGUGUGAAUCUCAAGAUUCUAAUGCACAUUGGCAAUAAGUUUGCCUCGCCGCCGCCCACCGAGAAUAAGUUUACAUUGCACAAAGGAAUUAUGCGUAUUUUGGGCAUACGCAAGAAAAUGGUGGAGGAUAAAAUAGCGGAUUGGUCAUUGGGUGAGGCCUUUGCCAUUGGCACUUUGGUCAAGGAUGGCAUACAUGUCCGCAUAUCUGGGCAGGAUGUGGAGCGCGGCACGUUCUCGCAUCGACAUCAUGUGCUGCACGAUCAGACUAAGGACAAAGUCAGAUACAAUUCACUGCAGCAUCUCUAUCCUGAUCAGGCGCCAUAUGAUGUAUGCAACAGUUCGUUGUCCGAGUGCGCCGUCAUGGGAUUCGAUCUGGGCUAUUCGAUGGCUAAUCCCAAUACGCUGGUCAUCUGGGAGGCGCAAUUUGGUGAUUUUGCCAAUACGGCCCAAGCGAUCAUCGAUCAGUUUGUGGCCAGCGGCGAGACCAAAUGGGUACGACAGUCUGGUCUAGUUUUAUUCCUACCGCACAGCAUGGAGGGCAUGGGUCCAGAGCACUCAUCUGGCCGCAUUGAACGUUUCCUACAGUUGAGCAACGAUGAUCCCGAUUGUUUUCCGGUUAUGUGUGAUUCCGACUAUGUUGCCCGCCAGCUGCUCAACUGCAAUUGGAUUGUGACCAACUUGACGACGCCGGCGAAUCUCUUUCACGCCUUGCGCCGACAGGUGGGCAUGUCAUUUCGUAAGCCCAUGAUCAAUUUCUCGCCCAAAUCUCUGCUGCGCCAUCCGUUGGCACGUAGUCCGUUCCGCGACUUCAACGAGUGCAGCUCCUUCCAGCGGAUCAUACCCGACAAGGGCAAGGCAUCCCACAAUCCCGAGUGUGUCGAACAGCUGAUCCUAUGCAGCGGCAAGGUAUAUUAUGAUCUGGUCAAGGAGCGUGACGAUCACGACCAGGAGGCGACCACUGCCAUAGUCCGUGUAGAGCAGAUCUGUCCCUUUCCAUACGAUUUGAUCUACAAACAACUUGAGCUAUAUCCAAAAGCGGAUCUUUUCUGGGUACAGGAGGAGCAUAAGAAUCAGGGCGCCUGGACCUAUGUCCAGCCGCGCUUAGAUACCGUGCUUAUCGAGCUGAAAGCCAAUGACCGCUGUUUCCUUUAUCGUGGACGUCAACCAAAUUCGGCUUCGUCCACGGGCAACAAGUUACAGCAUUUAACCGAGUAUAAUGAUCUUAUUACGAGCAUAUUCGGCGAGCUUACUGAAGAGAAUAAAUGCCGCAUGGAGGAGAAGAAGAAAGCGGCAAAAUCAAAAGCGUUGAAAGAAAGUGAAGCUAAAUUGGCUAAAGAAAAAAUGGCCAAAAUGAAAGAAGAGGGUAAAGAUCCUAAGGGAGCCGGACCAGCUGGCUCCGCGCCACCGGCUAAGCCGCAACGUAAGCCAACAGAUAGCACAUCUCCAGGUGAGGGUCCAUCGCCAGCAGCGCCAGCAGCGUCAGCAUCGCCAGGACGUAAAUCUGCUCCGAGCGCACCAACAAACCAACCAAAUCAAGCUAGGAAGCAAAAUGUUCCGCAAGCGCCAGCGAAACAAGAGAGUCAAACACCUAAAAGAGCUGAUACUCCAAAUCCGAACAGUAGCAAACAAGAAAAUACACCCGCUAGAAAACAACAUAGCCCCACCCCUGCCACUGAUCCCAACCGAACGAAAACUGAGGAGAAACCCUCUUCAGAAGAUCCCAACGAUUUUUGGUAGUUUCGAAACCAUACGAACAAAAUUACAAUUUUACUUAUUUGUUAUUUAAACUAAUACAGUUUUGAAUUAUAGCAACGUUCGUACCUAAAA